AUGAGUUUCCUGCUCGAAGAUAGCGACUCUCAUUUCUUCAUCCCUGAAAUCCUCGCCGCGCUCGAUUUUACCGAAACAAGUUGGCCAAUGGAUUUCGUCAAAGACGAACCGCUGAUCGUUGCCUGCGACCUCAACACGAAGAUGUUGCGUCCUCCCAGUGACACAGAGGCAGGUUCCAGAGUUACAGAGGCAGGAUCCAUACUAAAGAAAAGUAAGAGAGCAGCCACUCCACGAGUGCGAAAUAAAGAAAAGAUCGAGCUCCUACGCCAUGAGAUCGAGAGUCUCGAAGCAGAGCUGGAGUCUCUACAGCGGUCAAAACGAAUGACAAGAGUCCUGACAACAUCAGAUGAAAACUCAGUAUGGAAGGGUAUUGCUUCGAGACAGAGUCGAGAUCGAGAGAGGGCUUUGCGUUGCAACGAGGGACUCAAGAGGAGACUCACUGAGCAACAAUUGCUCACCAAGUCGCUCUCGGGGGUGCUGAGUGAAUGGACGAGCUUACCUCUCCCCAGUCCGACAAAUAAUACGAUUAAUCUUCAAGAUUAA